AUGAAUAAACCACAAAGUAUUAACUUUGAAGCACUUGAUGAUAACUGUCCUCCAGAACAAUUACCAGAGUCAUGGAAAAUUAUAUUAAGAGAGGCUGGUGUUAAAAAGAAAGACCUUCAAAAUCCAGAAACAAGAAAGAAAGUAUAUGCUUAUAUGAGACAAUCAGUUUAUGUUAAAAAAACUCAAGAAGAAUUAGAUAAACAGAAAGUCUCUGCUCAUGAUGUUAGAAGAAUGUCUGUUUCUGUAAAACAGAGAUAUAAAGUCAUAGAAGGAAAACAAAGAAUACAACCCAACUUUGUUUCUGCUAAACCACAAACUGAUGUUAAACAAAGUUCUUUCUUAAGUACAAGACAACCACAUAUGAAAUCACCAAAUACUACUCCUCAACACCAAACACAAUCAUCUUCUGUGACUUCAACAAAAACAACACAAGCUUUGUUUCAAAAAACUUCUACUUCUCCAUCAAUAAAAUUUGGUCAAACACCAACUAAACAACAAACUAAUGUAGAAAAUUCUCCUACCAGAAUAAAAACUCCAGAAAAACCAACACUUACUAACUCAAAAAGUCCUGAGUCCCAACAACUAAUAACACCUAAACCUACUGGUUAUGGUUCUAAAACUCCUUCGUCUUUAACAACACAACCUAAAUUACAAACAAAAUCUAAUAGUAUGUUUUCAAAAAAAUCAGUUAAACCAACAACUACAUCUAGUACAACAAAUAAACCUUCUAGCACAUCAACACCUACUGUUAGUACACCUUCUAGUAAUAAUGAGUCAUCAACUCAAAAAUCACAAAACUCAUCCUCAUUUGCUCCUCAUGCUUUUGGUUCAAAAAUUGAUACGUCUGCAAAGUCAGGAUCAGUUAAUAAUCCCACUCACUUUGUUUCUAAUCCUCAACCACAACCUAUUACAAAAAAAUCAUUUACAACACCAUCUUCUUCUACCCUUAAACAAACAACACCAUCACAACCACAAAGCUCUUCAAUGAACUCAUUUAAUAAAUCAAGUGUAGUUAAACAAACUACUACUGCUUCAGUUAAUACUAGUAAACCACUAACACCUAAAUCACCUACAUCAUCUUUGAAUGAAAAUAAAGUAUCAACAGGUUCUCACAUCAACUCUACUAUAUCAUCUCCAAUUAAACAAACACAACCAACAACAUCACAAACUCUUCAAACAAGAAAGCAAUCACUAACACCUUCUCAUCAAAUAAGUGCUGAACAAAUGAAACAACCAUUAGUUAAAACGUCAACUAAUACUCAAAAACAGCAACCAAGUAUUUCUAAACAAGAGUCUUUUUCUUCACAACGAGUUGCUAAAUCACCAGAGCCAACCUUGAAAGAUAUGUCUCAAAAUGUUUCUAAAUCCACUGAACCUGCUAAAACAAAUACUACAGUUAAAGGAAUACAAAAACAAAGUAAUAUUCCUGUUAAAGAAACAGAAUCAUCCACUGUACAAGAAACUAUUAAAUCACCAAAAACUCAACAACCUAACAUUGAAAAACCUAUAGUAUCUAACCACCAAUCUACUGCUAGCCAACCUAAAUUAUUGGUAAAUCUUAAAUCAUCACCUACAAGCUCAUCUCCAUCAAAUACAAAUAAUAGUGAUAAAGAAAAAGUUGAUUUAUCUAAAAUGUCAUUUGUCCAAAGACAACGAUAUUUGAGAGAGCAGCAAGACUUAGAAGCACAAAAAACUUCUGUAACACGUAAUGUUGUUAAGCCAACUCCUUCAUUCAAAAAGUCUGCAACACAAAGCAGCACUAUUGAAGAAAAACAAAAGGAAGGCAUGAAACAAGAAACUAAUCAACAAACUGAAGAAGUUGAUUUGUCUAAAAUGACAUUUGUCCAACGACAACGCUGGGAAAGAGAACAACAAGAUAAGAGAGCAGAACAAACAACUGCAAAAUCACAUGGGUAUGAAGCAAAGUUUGCUAAACAAACAUCAACUCCUAAAGACAUUGUUUAUCAAGACAGCCGUGAAGAUAUAAAUGGUGUUAACAAAGAACUACAACAGGGUAAUGAAGAAGACCAAUGUGUCAAACCUUCUAGUAUGGGACUCAAGUCAAGUGCGGCUCAAAUUGUGGCUCAAAGAAAAAAAUUACCAAAGAGUGGAAAGAACAAUACUUUGACAGGAUCAGCAUCACUUAAUGCUUAUAUCCAAAGACAAGAACAAUACAAACAAGAUGAAAUUGAAAGAGAAAAAAUACGUAUGGAAAUGCAAAGAAAACGUGAAGAAAUUCAAAGAAAACAAGAUGAAAUUAGAAAGAUGAGAGAAGAAACUGAAAAACAACAUAAGAAAGGAGAAGAGAGAUUAAAACAAGAAGAAGAACGAUUCAAGAAAGAAGAGGAAGAAAGAAAGAAAAAGGAAGAAGAACGUUUACGACAAGAAGAAGAAGAGAACAAAAGAAUUAAAGAAGAAAGACAACGUAAAGAAGAGGAAUUGAGAAAAAAGAAAGCUGAAGAAGAACGAAAGAGAAAAUUAGAAGAAGAAGCACGUAAACGAAAAGAAGAAGAAGAACAAAGAAAAGAAGAAGAGGAAAAGAGAAAAGUAGAAGAAGAGUUAAAGAAGAAAGAAGAGGAAGAAAGAAAAAGAAAAGAAGCUAUUGAACUGAAAAAGAAACAACUUGAAGAAGAACGUAAAAAGAAAGAAGAAGAAAGAAAGAAAAGGGAAGAAGAAGAACGUAAAAAAGAAGAAGAGGAAGAACGACUCAAACAAAUUGAACAAGAAAAACAAAGAAAACUUGAAGAAGAACGUAAAAAGAAAGAAGAAGCAAUUAAACGUAAAAAGGAAGAAGAAGAACGUAAGAGAAAAGAAGAAGAAAGACGUAAGCGUGAAGAGGCUGAAAGAAAAAGAAAGGAAGAAGAAGAACGUAAGAGAAAAGAAGAAGAGGCUAAAAGAAAAAUUGAACAAGAAAGACAAAGAAAAAUUGAAGAAGAACGAAGAAAAAAAGAAGAAGAAGAACAAAGAAGGCUUGAAGAAGAGAAAAAAUUAUUGGAAGAAGAACAAAAGAGAUUAGAAGAAGAAGAAAGAAAGGCAGAAGAAGAAAGAAAACGUGUUGAAGCUGAAAGAAAAAGAAAGGAAGAAGAAGAACGUAAGAGAAAAGAAGAGGAAGAAAGAAAAAGAAAAGAAGAAGAGCGUAAGAGAAAGGAAGAAGAAGAACGUAAGAGAAAAGAAGAGGAAGAAAAGAGAAAGAAAGAACUAGAGGAAUUAAAAAAGUUAAAAGAAGAAGAGCGUAGAAAGAAAGAAGAAGAAUUAAAGAGAAAACAAGAAGAAGAGAAACGUAAAGCUGAGGCAGAAAGAAAAAGAAAAGAAGAAGAGGAACGUAAGAGAAAGGAAGAAGAAGAACGUAAGAGAAAAGAAGAAGAAAAACGUAAAGCCGAAGAAGAAAGAAAGAGAAAAGAGGAGGAGUUAAGAAAGAAGAAAGAGGCAGAAGAGAAGAAAAGAAAACUUGAAGAAGAACACAAGAAAAAAGAAGAGGAAUUAAGAAAGAAGAAGGAAGAAGAAGAAAAACGACGACAAGAAGAAGAAAAACGUAAAGCCGAAGAAGAAAGAAAGAGAAAAGAAGAAGAAGAAAAGGCGAGAAAAGAAGAAGAAGAGAGAAUUAAACGGGAAGAAGAAGAACGUAAGAAACAAGAAGAAGAAGAACGUAAGAAGAAAGAAGAAGAAGAGCUUAGAGUUAAACAAGAAGAAGAAAAGAAAAAAAGAGCAGAAGAAGAAGAGAAACGACGAAGAGCAGAAGAAAGAAAGAGAAAGGAAGAAGAGGCACGUAAAAAAGAAGAAGAAGAAGUUGAGAGAUUAAAGAAAGAACUUGAAGAAGAAGAACGUAAAUUAAAAGAAGCUGAAGAAGAAAGAAAACGUAUUGAAGCUGAAAGAAAAAGAAAAGAAGAAGAAAAGAAAAAAAGAGAAGAAGAGGAAAAACGAAAGAGAGAAGAAGAGGAAAGAAAAAGAAAAGAAGAAGAAGAGAAAGCGAGAAAAGAAGAAGAGGAAAAACGAAAGAGAGAAGAUGAAGAAAGGAUGAGACGACACGAAGAAGAAAGAAGGAAAUGGGAAGAAGAACAAAAAGCAAGAAUGGCUGAGUUUGAAGAAAUGAAACGUGAGGCAGAAAGGUUAAGACAAGAAGCAGCACGUUUGAAAGAAGAAGAAGAACGAUUGAAACAAGAGGCUGAAAGACUUAAAAAAGAAAAAGAAGAAACCGAAAGGUUUAAAGCAUCUUUGUUAGAUUCCAGUGCGAAAACAUCCUCUCCAUCAUCAAUUGCUACACCACCACCACCUCCUCCAACAUUGAGCAUGCCACCACCACCUCCUCCAACAUUGAGCAUGCCACCACCACCUCCUCCAACAUUGAGCAUGCCACCACCACCUCCUCCAACAUUGAGCAUGCCACCACCACCUCCUCCAACAUUGAGCAUGCCACCACCACCUCCUCCAACAUUGAGCAUGCCACCACCACCUCCUCCAACAUUGAGCAUGCCACCACCACCUCCUCCAACAUUAAACGUAACAAGUUCACCAACAACUACAAUGACACCAAGUUCUGGUGCAACUCUGUCAUUAGCAGAAAUGAUUGCAGCUAAACAAGGUAAAUUAAAGGCAACUGAAAUUGAAGAACGAGUGGUCCAAGAAGAUGAGGUUGUUUUAGCAUUAAGAGGAAUUCUUACCGCAAGAAGACAAGACACUAAUAUUUCUUCUGAUGAAGAAGAAGAAGAUGACGAUGACUGGAGCGAAUAA